AAUAUAUGUAAUUAUUGUUGCUGUUGUUAUUGUGUGUAUGAUUACAGGGGAGGGGGCUUAUAUGGUGAGAGCAGAGGAUAACUUGUAGAAGCUGGGUCUCCCCUUCCACCUUUACAUGGGUUCCAAGCAUCGAACUCGGGUUCAUUUGAACUCAGGUCAUUGGGUCUGCUUGGCGAGUGCCUCUAUCUUCAGAGCCAUCCUGUCAGCCCCCUUUUUGAAAGGGGUUUUACACACACACACACACACACACACACACACACACACACACACACACGACUUCUCAGCUGCUGGACCUACCUGGAUCUGGAUCACAUUAUGGAGCCAUGAAAGUUCGAUCACAACGCCAGGAGAAACAGGUCUCUCCCUGGCUUAUCUAGCCUCCUGUUCAACUGCACGGUGCUUUAGCCCAAACUCUCUGAGAGCCUUUUCCUUUUCAAGCCCUAUAGGUGGGCAGAGUGCUGGACAGAAACGAAUUCAUAGCUGUUUCCUGGACUUUUCCUAUUUUUCAGAAAAAAUCUCUUUUUUUUUAAAGCAUAAAUGAUAUGAGCUGUCCAGUCAUCGUGUUUGGUGCCACACCAAACCUUGUACAGUUCACUAUUUUAUUGUUUCUUAUUGAUAUUUUUUGAAAAGCAGAGUAAAGAUGAAAAGCAACACGUGAGAAAUAAGUAAUGAUAGAGAGACACACUCUGGCUUCCCACUCCACCUGUCUCUGCUUAUCUUAUCAGCCUGAGCCUUAACUGUCUCAGUGGUUACCUGGGGUGUCUUAUCAGCCUGAGCCUUAACUGUCCCAGUGGUUGCCUGGGGGUGUUACAUUAACAGCUCUGUGCAAGGCUCUUUUGUGGAUUAGGAAGGGUGAGAAUUCAAUGCUGGUGGGCUGCUUAACACCUCGUAGAUGGCAAAGAAACGUGGGCUUCUCGUCUGCCUUUACCUUUCCUACCUCAUAAAAAAACAUGUUGCUUAAUGCACCAUUGACAGUCAUUUUCUUUUUUUGUUCUAAAAAAGCAUUAAGUAAAUAUUUCCCGUGUGCCCUGCACUGUGCCACUGAGCUCAGGCAUGAUCCUUCAGUCUUGCAGUCUGAACAAUGUGAAACUCCUCCCUCUCUACCCUGUUUCCUUUGACCCCAUCAAGUUCAAUGGCCUCCCCCACCUUCUUGCCUUUCCCGGCUCUUCCUCAUGAAUUUCCCCCUCUGUCCCCACAGCUACACCCAGCCCUGAGUGUCAAACCUUGUGCGUGUUCAACUCUGAGUCAACAUACCUUUCCAUGACACUUCUAUGACUCCUGCUACAUCCUUUCACAAUCGGUGAUUGUUGGUGCCCGUGUAGAUUAUGGGGUGGAAACCCCGCUCUCUCUGGAGCUAGAAAAGGGGUGUCCACCCAGCGGAAGCCAUGAGAAUCCACAGCCUCUUCCUGCUCUCCUUCCUUCUGGCUACUCAGGUGCUCUCAGAAAAGAUCAGAAAGAAAGCCAAGAAUGCACCACACAGCGUAACAGAGGAGGGUACAUCUGCCCCUUUGGGCAAGGCCCAGAAUAAGCAGAGAAGCAGGGCAUCCAAAUCCAUGACCCAUGGCAAGUUUGUCACCAAAGACCACGCCACCUGCAGAUGGGCUGUGACUGAGGAGGAGCUGGGUGUCAACGUGAAUGUCCAAUGUACUCAAGCAGAUCGUGAGUUUUCUUGUGUUUUUGCUGGUGAUCCAACCGGCUGCCUUAAGCACGACAAAGACCAGAUCUACUGGAAACAAAUUGCCCGCACACUUCGCAAACAGAAGGAUAUCUGUGGGAACUCCAAGAAUGUCCUGAAGACCAGAGUGUGCAGAAAGAAGUUUCCAGAGUCUAACCUCAAACUGGUAAACCCCAGUGCACAUGGGAACAUGAAGCCCAGAAAGGAGAAAGCAGAGGUCUCCUCAAGGGAGCACAAUAAAGUCCAAGAAGCUUCCACCAUGGAGCCAAACAAGGUCAAAGGGGACACUGCCCCCCAUCCAGCUGUGACCCAGACAGGGUCCAUCAAAGAUCCGGAGUGUCUGGAGGACCCAGACGUGCUCAACCAGAGGAAGGUUGCCCUGGAAUUCUGUGGGGAAUCUUGGAGCUCCUUCUGCAGGUUCUUCCUCAACAUGUUACAGGCCACAUCAUGCUGAUGAAGUGAGAGGGAGCAGCCUAAGAGUGAGGUGUCAGAGCUCCAGUGUCUGCUACAAAGCUCCGCAGGUUCCAUACAAGAUACAAACUUUCGUGCUACCGGACCACAGCAAAGUAUUUAAACCGUUUUUGUAAAUUUUAUUUUUGUGUUUUAGAAUUUGCUUUGUUCUUUCACAUCCUUGGAUGUACUUUUUAAAGACUCUUUACCUCAGUGUAUUCUUCCAUGGACCACAAGUCUAGGUGCAUAUGAGGAGUGGAUAAAUCCAAGUGAUAAUUUCCAUGCAAGGAAUUUUUGGCUGUAUUUACCAGGAUAAUAAAGUUCUGAGCAUUCUCAGAAAUACCUCCAA